CAGAGGUUUAAGGGGUGCAAACACUUUUCCCUCACAGUUAAAGCAAAAGCACCAGCUCAAACAGCUUCUUUGGAGAUCAACCAGAACUCAUCAGCUCAUUCCAAAGAAGAGCCUCCUGGUAGUGACAUGGCGGCCCCUCAGGACAACACUCUGCGCAUUGUUCUGGUGGGGAAAACUGGAAGUGGGAAGAGUGCAACAGCAAACACCAUCCUGGGGAGUAGAGUCUUUGACUCUAGAAUUGCUGCCCGGCGUUGUCCAAAAGCAUCCCGGGAAUGGAAGGGAAGGAAUCUUCUUGUUGUUGACACCCCAGGGCUCUUAGACACAAGGGAGACCCUAGAGACCACAUGCAGGGAAAUCAGCCAGUGUGUUCUCUACUGCUGUCCUGGGCCCCACGCCAUCAUCAUGGUCCUGAAGCUGGGCCGCUACACGAAGGAAGAACAGAAAACCGUGGAAUUGAUCAAGGCUGUCUUUGGGGAGCAAGCCCUGAAGCACAUGAUCGUGUUGUUCACUCACAAAGAUUACUUGGAGGAGCAGAGCCUAAGUGGCUUCAUAGCAGAGGCUGAUAACAAGCUAAGAAACAUCAUCAAGGAGUGUGGGGAGCGCUUUUGUGCCUUCAAUAACAGAGCCUCCGAGGCUGAGAAAGAAGCUCAAGUGCAAGAGCUGGUGGAGAUGAUAGAGCAGAUGGUGCAGAGCAACAGAGGGGCUUACUUUACCAAUUCCAUUUAUGAGGAAACAGAAGAAAGGCUGAAACAACGGGCAGAAGUCUUGAAGAAGAUCUAUACAGAUCAAUUAAAUAAUGACAUUAAACUAGUAGAAAAGGAAUACGCUCAUAAAUCAAAGGAAGAACGGGAGGAAAAAAUAAAAUGGCUAAAGAGCAAGUAUGAGGAACAAAUGAAAAAUAUUAGGGAAGAAGCUGGGAAGGGCAUAUCUGAUGAUGUUUUAAAUGUGAUUAUGAGGGUGCUUUUAAAAAUAUGGCAUAUGUUUUGGUAGUCAUGUCCAUUCCAUUUUUUCUUCUGAAUUUACGAUGACUUGUGGUAGUGGUAGAUUGUAGUUUCUAUAGAUGGCUGUAACAGUAGCUUCUACUUUUCCUACAACCUGACCCUGUUACUCCUGCCACUGAGUUGUGGGGUUCUGUGUCCUCUACCUUGGAACAGGAACACUUUGUGACUCUAAGGGUUAGAUAUGGGAAAUGUGUUCUUGCCCUGUAGGGGUUUUUGCCCUUGGAACUUGACUGUCAUGUUGUGAGAAAGCCCAGGCUGUGCCUUGAGAGUCUCCCCUGAAGAGAACCUGAAGUCCCUGGCCCAUUCCCCUGGCUUUCCUUUCAUCUGUGAGCCAGACCAACUUGCAAGUGAGGCACCACAGAAGCCAGUCCUCCAGCUCCGCCACCCCCCCACCACAGGCGAAGUUGCAAAAGCAGAGAUGACCCAUUGCCACUGAGUCCUGCCCAAAUUGCAUCUUUAUGACAACAAAUAAAGGAUGGUUUUUGUUUUUAA